GCUGAGUGGAAGUCGCAUUGCUUACUGUUGAAGCUUUGCAGGCUGACGUAACUUAAUUUCGUUUUGUUUAGCCUAGCUCGCUAGCCAAGACACGGUUACGCAUUUCGAUUGCUUUACCUUUAUGCCAGUUGUAUUUUUUUAGGGGGAGUCUCAUACGGGGCGCCGUUUGUAAAACAGCACAUGCCGCUACACGUCACUUCCGCUCAUUAAUAUUUAUGACGUUAGCUUGUGUGGCUUUGGUGUUAGCUAAGGCGGGACAAGCUCUUGUUUGUCCCUAAGAGGAAAUGAUUAGGAGUUGUGUACCAAGGAGACGUUUACAGAGCUAAACCUACCAAUUCUGUCCGAAAAUGAUGUCCCUGGAUCCAAAUUCACAGUGUCCACUAUUAAAGAGCUUCUUCACCCUCCGAAGCGUGAUCCCCUCCACGUUAAACAGGAGGAGUCAGAUAUGCCGUACAUCAAACAGGAGGCUGAGCCAGAGACCCCUAGAGUGGAACAGGAAGAUGAAAUCCGCAAGUUACCAAAGACUGUCAGUGUGAAGAGUGAAGAAGACGAAGGUUGGCGCCAAGAGAGCGGAGCGGCAAAACCUUCGAGCGACAACUCAUUUCAACACCUGACAACAAAAGUAGAGGGACGAUCGCAACCUGACGGUUUGUUAGCGCCGCUGUCAGACAGUGACAGCGUAACGUCACACUCUUCUGACUUUAACACUGAUGAGGAGGUUAAAGACUUUGACCAAAAUCCUUCAAAAUCCUUAAACAAGUCAUCAUUGAAAAGAGACACAAAAGCGGUUGGGAGACCUUUUACCUGCUCACUUUGUGAUAAAACAUAUUCUCAGAAAUAUCCCUUACAAAGACACAUGCAUACACACACCGGGGAGAAGCCUUUUGUCUGCACAGUUUGUGGUCAAACAUUCAUCGAGAAAAGAGAUUUAAACGAUCACACAAGAACACACACUGGAGAGAGGCCCUUUCCCUGCUCAAUUUGCCAUAAAAGAUUCACUCGAAAAAGACUACUAAACGAUCACACCAAAACACACACUGGAGAGAAACAUUUUGCGUGCUCACUUUGUGAUAAAAGGUACUUCAAAAAGGCAGAUUUAAAGAGUCACACGAGAACACACACUGGAGAGAAACCUUUUGCUUGCACUCUUUGCGAUCAAAGAUUCUGUCAAAUGGUACAGUUAACAACACACAUGAGUACACACACUGGGGAAAAGCCUUUUCUCUGCGCACUUUGUGGUAAAAGAUUCACCCUGAAGGCACAAUUAACACGUCACAUAAGUGCGCACACUGGGGAAAAGCCUUUCGCCUGCUUAUUUUGCGAUAAAAGAUUUCGUCUGAAGCAUCAGUUAACAAGACACACACAUACACAUACACACACUGGAGAAAAGCCUUUUCUCUGCACAAGUUGUGGUAAAAGAUUCCUCGAGAAAAGAGAUUUAAGCAUUCACACAAGAACACACACUGGGGAGAAGCCUUUUGUCUGCACAUUUUGUGGUAAACAAUUCACUGUGAAGGGAAGUUUAAACAAACACACAAUGACACACACUGGAGAGAAGCCUUUCGCCUGCACUCUUUGCGAUAAAAGAUUUGGCCGUAAGCAACAGUUAACAACACACACGCGUACACACACCAAGUGAAAAGGCUUUUCUCUGCACACCUUUUGGUAAAAGACACACUUAAUUUACUUAGGCCUACUGCUUUUCACAAUUUGACUUGUGAUUGUUCACAGUACUUCUUUUUGUUGCUAAGUGUCCAAUUUCCAAACUUUAUCUGAAUAGUUUCAGGGUAGUUAUCUUUAUUUUCUUGUGCAUUGUAAUAAUUUGAAAUCUGCUUCAUUGUAGAAUUACUGGACCUUUUAAGCUUUACUAUCAAAUGUUUUUGUUCAUUACUGACUUCUUUUUGUAAACUGUGUUAAGCGCUCUGUUCUGUAAAUAUGGGUUGUAUAUAUUAGGGGUGUGACAAAAUAUCGAAAUGGUGAUCUAUAGUGAUACUUUGUAUCCCAAAAGGUUAUCUAUAUGUUCCUGCCAAGAAUCGAGAUAUCGUUUUACAAAGGUGUCAAUGCCUAAAAUAAAAAUAAAAAAGGAACGAACAAGAUGCUACCAAAAUCUUCCAUCAUAAUAAUGUCUCAGUUACAGAGGGGCAAAUGUAUUUAGUCAAUCACCAAUUGUGCAUGUUCUCCUACUUGAAAAGAUUAGAGAGGCCUGGAAUAGUCA